AUGGCACCCUCGCGAACAUCAAAGGCGACAAGAAAUUCUCACCUGACUAAUGGCGACAAUAAACCUGGAAUGCCUGGAGUCCAAAAACUCAAAUCAUCGCUAAGACAGACACAAAGACUGCUCACAAAGGAAAACCUAGCAGCAGAUGUACGCGUCACAACAGAACGACGGCUAAAAGCUCUGGAGGCCGAACUUGCUGAGGCAGAGCAAAGUAGGAAAGAACGAGCACUGGGAAUGCGCUACCACGGAGUAAAGUUUUUCGAGAGGCAAAAGGUCCUGCGGAAAGUGAAACAGGUCAAGAAGAAACUUUCCAGCACUCCCGAAUCCGAAAAGAAAACUCUAGAGUCGUCACUUUUCGAUGCGCGCGUUGAUCUGAAUUAUAUCUUGCAUUACCCCAAAUUGAAGAAAUACAUCUCACUCUUCCCCCCAGAAAUACGGCACCCCGAAACGCAGCGAAAUUCCACCAACUCAUCGGAAACCAAUACACAGAGACAACAAAUCAAAGAUCAAAUACGGCAGCAGAUGCUCGAUGCGGAGCUUCCACUCGAACCAGAGCUACAUUUGUCUACAGACACCAAUCUACCUACGAAAAAGCGAAUCGCAAAGCGCGGCGAAAUCACCUCCUCUGCUCCUGUGGCCAACACGGAACAAGACGACGACUUUUUCGGUGAUGAUGAUGAAGAUGACGAUAAGGGUUCAUGA